AAAGUGGAAGGAGAAAACGAGAAACCAUUGUGAGAAGAGAAAGGAGAAGGAAGAAGGAAGGAGGAGAUAAGGAAAGGGAAGAGGGCAACUCACGUGCGACAUUGUUCGAUUAUGUUUUAUGUGACAAAGAAAGUGGAAGGAGAAAACGAGAAACCAUUGUGAGAAGAGAAAGGAGAAGGAAGAAGGAAGGAGGAGAUAAGGAAAGGGAAGAGGGCAACUCACGUGCGACAUUGUUCGAUUAUGUUUUAUGUGACAAAGAAAGUGGAAGGAGAAAACGAGAAACCAUUGUGAGAAGAGAAAGGAGAAGGAAGAAGGAAGGAGGAGAUAAGGAAAGGGAAGAGGGCAACUCACGUGCGACAUUGUUCGAUUAUGUUUUAUGUGACAAAGAAAGUGGAAGGAGAAAACGAGAAACCAUUGUGAGAAGAGAAAGGAGAAGGAAGAAGGAAGGAGGAGAUAAGGAAAGGGAAGAGGGCAACUCACGUGCGACAUUGUUCGAUUAUGUUUUAUGUGACAAAGAAAGUGGAAGGAGAAAACGAGAAACCAUUGUGAGAAGAGAAAGGAGAAGGAAGAAGGAAGGAGGAGAUAAGGAAAGGGAAGAGGGCAACUCACGUGCGACAUUGUUCGAUUAUGUUUUAUGUGACAAAGAAAGUGGAAGGAGAAAACGAGAAACCAUUGUGAGAAGAGAAAGGAGAAGGAAGAAGGAAGGAGGAGAUAAGGAAAGGGAAGAGGGCAACUCACGUGCGACAUUGUUCGAUUAUGUUUUAUGUGACAAAGAAAGUGGAAGGAGAAAACGAGAAACCAUUGUGAGAAGAGAAAGGAGAAGGAAGAAGGAAGGAGGAGAUAAGGAAAGGGAAGAGGGCAACUCACGUGCGACAUUGUUCGAUUAUGUUUUAUGUGACAAAGAAAGUGGAAGGAGAAAACGAGAAACCAUUGUGAGAAGAGAAAGGAGAAGGAAGAAGGAAGGAGGAGAUAAGGAAAGGGAAGAGGGCAACUCACGUGCGACAUUGUUCGAUUAUGUUUUAUGUGACAAAGAAAGUGGAAGGAGAAAACGAGAAACCAUUGUGAGAAGAGAAAGGAGAAGGAAGAAGGAAGGAGGAGAUAAGGAAAGGGAAGAGGGCAACUCACGUGCGACAUUGUUCGAUUAUGUUUUAUGUGACAAAGAAAGUGGAAGGAGAAAACGAGAAACCAUUGUGAGAAGAGAAAGGAGAAGGAAGAAGGAAGGAGGAGAUAAGGAAAGGGAAGAGGGCAACUCACGUGCGACAUUGUUCGAUUAUGUUUUAUGUGACAAAGAAAGUGGAAGGAGAAAACGAGAAACCAUUGUGAGAAGAGAAAGGAGAAGGAAGAAGGAAGGAGGAGAUAAGGAAAGGGAAGAGGGCAACUCACGUGCGACAUUGUUCGAUUAUGUUUUAUGUGACAAAGAAAGUGGAAGGAGAAAACGAGAAACCAUUGUGAGAAGAGAAAGGAGAAGGAAGAAGGAAGGAGGAGAUAAGGAAAGGGAAGAGGGCAACUCACGUGCGACAUUGUUCGAUUAUGUUUUAUGUGACAAAGAAAGUGGAAGGAGAAAACGAGAAACCAUUGUGAGAAGAGAAAGGAGAAGGAAGAAGGAAGGAGGAGAUAAGGAAAGGGAAGAGGGCAACUCACGUGCGACAUUGUUCGAUUAUGUUUUAUGUGACAAAGAAAGUGGAAGGAGAAAACGAGAAACCAUUGUGAGAAGAGAAAGGAGAAGGAAGAAGGAAGGAGGAGAUAAGGAAAGGGAAGAGGGCAACUCACGUGCGACAUUGUUCGAUUAUGUUUUAUGUGACAAAGAAAGUGGAAGGAGAAAACGAGAAACCAUUGUGAGAAGAGAAAGGAGAAGGAAGAAGGAAGGAGGAGAUAAGGAAAGGGAAGAGGGCAACUCACGUGCGACAUUGUUCGAUUAUGUUUUAUGUGACAAAGAAAGUGGAAGGAGAAAACGAGAAACCAUUGUGAGAAGAGAAAGGAGAAGGAAGAAGGAAGGAGGAGAUAAGGAAAGGGAAGAGGGCAACUCACGUGCGACAUUGUUCGAUUAUGUUUUAUGUGACAAAGAAAGUGGAAGGAGAAAACGAGAAACCAUUGUGAGAAGAGAAAGGAGAAGGAAGACCAUUGCAUAA